AUGCUUUCGCUCUUGGAGUUUCGCCGUCACUUCAACGAGAUUCGGCUAGCUGCGAAUCUUCGAGAUCCGAAUGAACAGGCAGAGCGGCUCAAUUGCUUUAUCCCGCUCUUUUUGGCUUCCUUCUCGAAUGCUUCGGCGGGAGAGAUUCGCGAGAAAUUUGGAGAGUAUUCCGGCGACUUUACGAAGCUCUGCUCGAUCGUCUUCAUCAGAGAAGUCAAGUCCAGAGCAAAUAAUCCUGACCCAGACGUCGCUGGACAAGAAGUCGCCAGAAUUCUCCUGCCGAAUGGAUCCUGCUGGAAUCUUUUUCAAUGCGUGAGAAUCUUGGCAUUUUCCGGCGGCGGGGCAGUUGAGAAAUUGGUUUCGCACGGCGUUGCAAGCUGUUUAUCAAGAUCGCUUUAUCUUUUGCUGGACAUACAACUAGACGUCGACCAAGAAAAGCAAUACCUGUUUAUCUCCUCUUUUGGGCAGCUCCUUUCGCGGCUUCUCAGAUCAGCUUCGACGACGGAAGAGCUAGUAGCUAACGACGACCUUAAACUUUUGUUCCAAAGCGCGGCAACUGCCAAAGGUCAGCACUGGCGUCGCAUCAGCUCCGACGCCUUGUUGUCAAUCGCCCGUCAUACGAUGAGCCUCAACGUCGCCCAAUACAUCCAGUCACGAGGGUUGAUUGAAGAAUGGCUGCAUAACCUGAAAAAGAACAAAGCGACGCCUUUGGAGUCAAUCGAACGUCUUGUUUGUGUGAUUUGCUUCUUGCAAGACUCGAGUUCGUGUACGCAACAAUUGCUCGACUCAUUCAAGCGAGCGGAUGGAUAUAUCUUCCUCGCGGAGCUGCUCCUUUCGCUCGAAGACACUCUCCACAAUCAGAAAGCUGAUUCAAAGAAGCAGGAAUCAAUGGAGUGCGAAGAGGCGCUUCGGAAUCUCGUGCUUCUUGUCGCCAGCCUCGCGACCUGUGGUUUCAUCGAGCUUCGUCCAUCCGCUCCAUCUUCUGGCGGGCAGUCCGGCUUCCGCCUUCCACGACCAAUGGGGCGAGGAGUCAGCGUCAGGAACAUACCCGCAUUUCAAGUCUUACAAACUGUGUGGACUCGUUCCAAAUCUCUCAUUCUCACAACUACGAUUUUGGAUGUUAUCCUGUCUCUUUACCAACAAGAUCCUGCGAACUACUUCAUCCUUCUUCCGCAAAAGACAAUUUCGAUCCUCGCUGACCGGGUGAUGGAAAAGCCAAUCGACAACAUGAGACGUUUUUUCAACAUCAUCGAGUGGGUCGGACUCAAUCUCGGAUACGUUCUUUCUGAAGAACUUGAGCCAAUUCUGGCGAUUCUUCGGCAAAAUGUCUCGAUUGAAUUCACCAUGGGAAGCUUUAGCAUGAUAGAGCGGCUGAUUAAACAGAAACGAACCUACAAGGGCAUUGCAGUGGAUGUUGGGUUCGUAGCUGUCGCGGCGCAAACACUGAUCGCUCAGCAGAACCGGUUGGAGCAAGAGAACACACCGCAGAGCACGAACUUUGACCUGACGAAUAUCACCGCCCUCUGUCGCCAAGUUUGCCUUACGACAACCUUCAUGGUGCAAGACGCACAAGAUGAAGGUCGCGCUAGCAGAAGCUUUUUUGUCUCGGGCGGCUUCGAAGCGGUCAUCAAACUUAUGUCGAAUAUUCCGACGAGAUCCGCGGCUCUCGAAUUAGCUCGAAGUUUGAUGAUAGCAGACCCAGAGCUCGGUAUCAACUCUAUUCUGAACUUUCUUCACGAAGAAUCGAGCAGAAAAGACCGAACUUUGUGCAUGGAUGUUACCCGCUGCUUGUCGCAAAUUCUCCAAAGCUCUCCAGAAGCGCAGAUUGCAUUUGCGAAUGGACGGGGAUUUGAGCUGAUUGAAGUGUUUUUGAAUGAGUUCAAAGGUGCAUUUUCACCAGAAAAAUCAUUCGGAAGAACUGGUUUACCGAGAGUUGAGACGACAGAAGAACUAGAAACCGUCAUGAACCUGAUCUUCUCAUCUAUCUCUGGAUGUGGGAAAGGAUUCGCUACAUUUAGAAGAGUUCUUCCGAUAGAAAAACUCACUCAACUCGUUCGAAGCUUCGGGAUCUUUUACGAAUAUAAAACGAUGGAGAAUAACACCGAGAGUACGCUGCAAAUCGAGCUAGACAUACUUUCAAUCACCAACUUCAACGAUAUUCUGAACGGUCAUCACAAUUUGUCGAUUUCUAUGCGAAGAGUGCUUCUUGUUAUCGUGGCGAUACUGAAAGUUUCCGUCGUUGAGAAGAAGAUCAAACUUGCGCAUUUUCUUGUUGUAAUUCUAAAACUUGUUCCCGCGAUUCUUGUUCCUGAUCCACCCCAGCGUUCAUUUCUUCAGUGUUGCAUUUUGGAAACGAUUCAAAGGCUCCUCUCGCAUCCAGAAAAUGCCCGACAUGUAUCACCGGAAUUAUCCGAUGAUCUUCUCGAGAUUCUCUGCUCAGAGCCUUACGUGAACUUUAUCUCUGAUUAUGUAUCAUCGACAAACGAAACAAAACUCUCUCGGUUAACAUUUCAACUUUUGGAAGGACUCUUAUCAACCUCAGCAAGCCCUAAGUAUUUGUACUUGUAUUUGCGACUAUUAGAGCCACUAAAUACAUCUGGCAUGGCGGCUGACUCGCAAAGUCUUCGACCAAGAGUUUUCAGGAGCAUUUUGGAGAUUCUAAAACGACGAUGUGAAAACAAACUUCCAGAAGUCCCAGCGAUUCUUCGAUUGAAUUCUUCGAGCGGUCGCUCCGCAGGAAUCGAAAUACCAGGUUUAUUGCCCGUUGCUGCAGAAGGAACCUUGUCAGAUUUUCCUACAAUGGCCUCAUCAAUAUCAUCUGGGCUUACCGGAUCAAUUCAGCACUCCUGGCCUCCCGUUAAUGGGUUUUGUAUAUCUACCUGGAUUAGCAUCAAAAAUGUUCCUGAUGAAGGCCCAGUCGCUUUGCCAAUGGUAACAAUCUGGCGGCAAGGGAUUAGUAGGAAAUCUUCGUAUGUUGUUCUCUCCGUUCUUAUCACGAAAUCAAAACAUGUCGUCGUUUCCACUCGUGAGCUGCCUUAUAAUGCCCAUAAUCAGCUCGAAGAACUUGAAAUUGAUUUCACAGAGCCUUCGGCUCAAUCGCCAAACUUCGAAAAUGUUGACUCUGUUGUCGGAAAACUACCCGAGCCAUUCUUUGAUGGCGAGCAGUUACAGAUGGUCAAUGAAGAUGGAAUUCUUUUGGCAUUGUUUCCUGAGAAUGGACUGAAUCAAAGCGAAGAGCUUAUUCUAAAAAAUGGAGUCAGUUGUUUGACUGGACAAGAACGCGCUGUAGGCGGAUUUUUGUCGGAUGUGCCGGGAAACGAUGGCGAUCCAGUUGAAAUUGUGCCUGCAACUGUUCCUUAUGGAUCGCUACUGGGAGUAGGUGGCCCAUUUCUGUUCCUGUCACUUGUUGAGCAGGCUGAAGAUCUGGACUCGUUAGUCGACGCACUAGAUUCAUUCAGCCGUGUAAUUCAGUUAUCGCCUGCCGUCAGCGCUGAGUUCGAGCUUGAACGAACACUUCCCAUUUUGGCCUAUCUUCUUUCGGAGAAAACACCUCUUUUCCAAAGUAGAUUGAUCUUCUAUGUCGUCAUUCAAAUUACUCGGACGGCUUCAUUCGGAGGGGCAAAAGCUCCGGCCUCCAUCAACAGCGAAGCUCUGAAUCUGCUGAUUCUGGAUUUGUUUCUGUGGAAGUCAUCCGAAUGUUUACGAUACAUUCUUGAGCAUGUUCUUGAGCUCAUGCGUGGCUCAAAGAGCCAUCCAUCAACGCUGAAGGAAGAGAUUUUGCGCUCUGAGAUAUGCCCUAAUCUACUUCAGCUUUUAUUCGAACAUGACAUUCCAGAUUCAUGCAUUGGCUCGGCAUAUGACCUGCUAGAAGCUUUGACUUCAUCUGAUGAUGAUCUCCUCAUGAUCGGCAAUAGUCUCAUUUACGCGGUUCAAAUUAAGCGAGAAGUUUUCCUUGCGAUUGCGAAGAUGUUCUUUCGUCUGAUGACAAGCGAUAAGAAAUCCACAGAGUUCGCGGAUCGAUUUGAAAAGCUUUUUGGAUGGGAAUUAUUAUUAACCCUGCUGGAUCAAUGCCCGCCAUCGGAUCAGCCAGUUAUCUUAUCAUUAUUAUCGGCAUUAUUUCUUAGCUGCCCAGCAUCAUCUGAGAGGUUUUUGAAUGGAAGUUUACUUCAGAAGACGACCAAAUCAAAGAAAGAAAAGGGAUUUGACUUGACCUACGAAGCUCAGGAAGAUCAAGUAGCCAACGACGAAGCUCCGAGGACAGCAAAUUGUUUUAAAAUCUUAUCAAAGUUGCUUGAGCGAAGUGUAGACAAUGUUCAAAACUGUUUAAUAAUUCUCGGCCUUUUGAUCGGACAAGCCGUUGAUCCGGACAUCGCAGGAACUCGACAACUCGGCGAAGGCUUCAUCGAGAAUCAAGCAUCAAGUCCAAAUGCUCUUACUUCAUCCUGCUUCACUCUUAUUUACUCAAUAUUGCGUCGUCAAUUGACGAAUAAUGAUGAUUCCGCUACUCAAGCUGUCUUUCCGAUGCUCAUGGAGCUGUAUAGAAAUCACUUGCCGAAAUUUGGCAAGGCAUUUUUCCAAGAGCAACUUGUUCAGCAAUUAGUUUAUGUGCUCUAUCCGUACGAAUCGCCGGCGACGAAGCUGUCGGAUGAGAUGCAAUCGGCGGAGAAACUUGUUAUCGAUCAGUUAAUUGCGCUAUUUACGAACUCAGUCUCAUUGGGUUGCGGGUCUAUCGUCUUCAAGAAUGUGUGCGAUGCCAUCCUUGGCGUCAGUCCGCCGCAAGGUGCCCUCCCCAUUCAGCAGAAAGCUGUCUUCACGACUCUUGUUGAUGCCCUUCAAUCGUUUAUCAGACUGACAAAUCUUCCAUGGAAUUGGCCAGUCCAUCUCGAGUUCUCGCAGCGUUUGACGACAAUAGAAAACCUAUCCCACUUCCUUGCCCGUGUUGUUGAUCGAAUUUGGGAGUUUGAUUGCUACAAGAGUGCGCUGUACGACCUUUGUCAUACAAUGGCAAACUUGUUAAUUCGAUCCCGGUCAAAUCGCGCACCUAGAGCCGUUUUGGAGAGUCUUGAGCACACCCUUUGGAAAUGCAUGUACUUGAAUUUAUGCAAAUCGACGAUGACAGAAGCCGAGCAACUCGUUGCUGCGGCAGCGGUCGAUCUCAUCAUUGAAUUCAAAGCCGUUAUCUUUCCAUUUACACAGGAAGGCAACAAAGACGCUAUCGAAUAUGCCCUUCUUCUUGCGCAUUGUCUAUUCCAGCUAUCCAGUGACUCGGGCGGAAGAAGAUUCAUCGAGCAAGUUUCUUCUGAAGAUCGAAUCCACGCGCCAACAGUUAUUCAUGAAACAUUGAAUAACUCUAUCACUGCUGCUUGGAACAUACUGUUGGCAUCGCGCUGUCUCGAGUUUGAAGCUCACUGCAAAGUAAGCAUUCCACCUGGAUCGUCUAUCGAUGUCGGUAAGAUAAUGCUCCGGGAUAUGGCAUCCCGGCAAUGGACGUCUUUCAAGGAAAAGUCAAAGCCAAAGGUUCAACCUCCAGGCGGAAUGCUCAGAAAGCUUUCUGGAUCGAUGGGAAAGUUUACAUCCGCGUCGAGGCGAGCACUAACUGUCAAACGCACAGCAUCUGUUUCUGACGCAAUGAGCUGGCUUCGACUCGAGUGCGAAGUUCUCCGCGAUCAAAUUGCUAAUGAAAUGUCCGACAAGGCGUUUCAGUACGGUCGCAAGAUGUCAGCGGCAAAAGCCGACUGGGAAGAAAUCUCCCUCGGGCUUACUAUGCCUGGUGGUCUUUUUGGACCUUCAAAACCAGACAAAUUUGUUCGCUGGAUGCUCGAUACAUCAGAGGGUCCAGCGCGAACAAGACGGCUGAUGGUCCCAAACACAAAGUUCUAUGAAAACUACCCUCCAAUAAGCUCUUGUGGAUUGCCUGGAAAACAUAAGAAGCCAUCUUCAUCCCUUUCCGAAGAGUUCUAUAGAGCGAAGAAUCCAAAUAUAGAACACAGAAGAAUCAGUAGUCAAUCAAGCACUGGAAGCCCCUCAGAAGUUGAGGUAUUGAAGCAAGAAUCCAUAGAAAUCGAGAGUAUCGCGGCAAAACUUGGAAAUGCUCCAAAAGUGUCCACAAGUAGCACUGAUGAUUCUGGCCCACCGUUAUCCCCGAUCGAAGAACCUCCUCUAUCCCCAACUGGAACAUCUCAAGAUGUCUUUGGCGCCGAAACGAAUCCUCAAAUUUCUGGAAAAAUCCUCGAGCCUGGAGAUAAGGUCCGCUACAGCUACAGAAUCGGACGAGUGGCAGGACUCGACGCCCAUGAGGGUCUUCUUGUCAUCGGAAAGCAGAAAAUUUACCUCAUCGAUGGUCUAGGAAUAACGAAAGAUAACAAGAUAAAGGAAAUUGUGAGGAUGAAGGAAGAAGAGUCUCAGUUUGUGAUUCCCACAAGAACAAACGAAGCGCCAGCUGAUAAUCCGAUUCAAGUGAAUAAAUUUUCGCUCAAUCAAAUCAGAAAUAUUGAAAAGCGACGGUACCUGCUUCAACCGAUUGGCCUCGAACUCUUCCUUGCCAACGGAAGAACUUACCUCCUGGCUUUCGAGAAGAACGAGCGUCAAAGAGCUCUCCAACGUCUUCUCCAAUACGCUCCGCAAGCAAGAACAGCCGAUGCUUCUCAAAUGAUGGACGGUUUGACGAAAAAGUGGGAAAACGGAGAAAUCUCUAAUUUUGAGUAUCUCGUCAUUUUGAACACAUGGGCUGGGCGAACAUACAACGAUCUCAUGCAGUAUCCGAUUUUCCCUUGGGUAAUCGCCGAUUAUGAUUCAAGUGCGCUGGAUUUUGCAAAAUCAGAAACAUUCCGCGACUUUUCUUUGCCAAUGGGAGCACAAGCAGCUGACAGACUUGCACAGUUUAGGAAGAGGUACAAGGAACUGUGUGAACUUGGGAGCGAGACAUCGCCUUAUUAUUACGGAACGCACUAUUCCUCGGCAAUGAUUGUGUCAUCAUUCCUUGUCCGAUCAGAGCCCUUCACGGACUUCUUCUUACGCCUCCAAGGCGGCCACUUCGACUUGCCAGAUCGCAUGUUUCAUUCUGUGAAGGAAGCCUGGCUCUCUGCUUCGACGAGAAAUAACGCGGAUGUAAGAGAACUCAUUCCAGAGUUUUUCUAUCUCCCGGAAUUCCUCGAAAACAGAAAUAAAUUCGACUUGGGCAAAAAGCAGAGUGGGACGGAACUUGGCGACGUUGUUCUUCCGACAUGGGCUCGAGGAAGCACCAGGGAAUUUGUGAGGAUUCACCGAGCUGCUCUUGAAAGUCCAUACGUCUCGUCAAAUAUCUCUCAGUGGAUAGACCUGAUAUUCGGCUUCAAACAAGCUGGCGAAGCUGCGUUGGACGUGCACAAUCUCUUCCAUCCGCUCUUUUAUGAAGGACAAGUCGACGUUUUCAGCAUUCAAGAUCCUCUUCAAAGAAACGCCGCGAUCGGAUUCAUCAACAAUUUUGGUCAAAUUCCAACGAAGCUCUUCAACAAGCCUCAUCCCCAACGAAAAGGGCCUUGGAAUAGAGUUUCUAUUGCCGAAGCUACUUUGAUUGCUGGACUCAAGAAUGCAUUCUAUCACAAGCUCAACCAAGUUCGUUCUUCCGAAAAACCAUUGAUAGAACGAACAGGUAAAGUUGGCUCGAUUCUUAUCAAUGAUCGAGGCGAUCUGAAAGCUCUACCGUUCGGGCGUAUCAGAGCUGGGGCGACCAAAGAUGUUCUUUGGCAGAAUCCAGACUUCUCCAUCAGAUAUCUUGCUUCUGAUUCAGAAAAGCCGAUCGCGAUAUUCGAAGACCUGUACCGAUCGCCGAUUACAGUAGCUGCUACUCUUGGAGAAGAGCUGCUUUUUCUCGGUCACAGAGAUACUUCUAUAACAGCUUGGCAUACUGAUCUCAAACAGAAAUCAGUAUCGCUAGCGAGAGUUAUGCGUGGCCACGGAAAUCUAAUCACCUCGCUGAGAUGUCUCCCAGAAUACGGCGUGUUGAUAUCUGGCUGUAAAGAUGGCAGAGUGAACAUCUGGGAUGUAUCGACUUUCAAAAUCAUUCGAUUGUUGGGAACCCACAGUAGCGAAAUAAUGGACAUAAAAGCAUGCUGGAUUACUGGCGAUAUUUUCGUUGCUUCCUCGCGUCAGAUUUCCGUCUACUCGAUCAAUGGCGACCCAUUAGGCUCUGUGCAGACGGAGAAAGUCGCAUGUAUUGGAGCACCGGCUGGCCGAGAGUGGGAACGACCGAGAAUGGUUCUAUCCGGGCACACAGACGGAUCGAUACGUGUUUGGGCGCGUGAACUAGUUCCCUGUCGGAACUCGAGUCUGAGCUCAAACUCGUCGCAAGAAGAGAGCUCCAGAGCAUCUUCUUGGGGCAUGUCUGGAACUUGUUGGGAAGAGCGUCUAGUUUUGCGAAGUAAACUUGCUCUUCCGAGCAACGACUCCGAGUCCUCAAUCGGCGUGACUUCGUUCGGCAUCUCGCACGACCACUCGCGCUUCUACACCGGCGACUCCAGAGGACGUGUAUUCAGUUGGACGUCCUAA